AAACAUAUUAUAUACUUGUUAGUAUUAGUAUCGAUUAAAAUAUUGAUGUAUACUUCCCCCAUAAUAUUUAACUGAGUGAAAUCUUUUAAUGGAACUUAUCAUCACGUAGAUAGCAAUUGUUAUUUGCGGAAAUAUUAUUAUUAUGUUAUCUGAACCUAAUGCAUAAACAAUUCAAGUGUUUGCAGUUCCUACAUAUAUUAUAAGGAGAGAUAUAAUAAAUUGUUAGCUUUUAUUCUCUUGUGGCGUGCAAGAUGUCUGGUGAAAAAGUUCUCCGUGAUUUAAUAGACGUGAUAGCCAAAGAAAGAGGCUACGUGGACUACCAAGUCACCAUAAAACCUAUUUCGAGUGGAGGAGCGAAUUAUUCAACCAACUUGUUUCUGGCUACUUUAUCCACACAGGGGAAGGAAUUACAUCUGUUCGCGAAGGUAGCAGCCUUAGGAGAAAAACUCAGAGAAACGAUUACCGGGGAUUUCUACGUAAACGAGCAGUACUUCUACACAAACAUACUGAAGAGAUAUAAAGAGAUAGAGGAAAAAUACGGCGUCAAGGCAGAGGAUCGGUUCAUAACAGCGGAAUUUUAUGCUGGGAAUACGGAAUACUUGCACGAAACUUUAGUGUUGGAAGACCUUUCGGCUCGGGGCUUCAGCUCGUUCAACCGAUUCGAAUCCAUCGACUGGCCUUACGCCUCGUUCGCAAUAAAACAACUGGCGAUAUUUCACGCUCUAUCGAUCGCUUACUCCAGGGAAUAUCCAUCGGAGUAUGAGCAUACGGUCAAAAAUAAACUGUCAGAGUUUCCGAUGGAUGUUUUGAGCAGCUCUAUGGAUAAAGCUUUCGAUAAAGCCGUUGACGCUGUGAAAGAAGAGAAUAAGGAAAGAUUGAUUCAAUGGUUGAAGAAUCCCAAAAUAAGGCGAUCCAUCCACAAACUGUACAAGUCGACGGGAAUACCACCGAUCAGACAUGCAGAUUUCAGGCCCGAUAACAUGAUGCACAAAAAACUGGAUGAUGGCACCGUCCAAGUGAUAACUUUGGACUACCAAACCAUGAUGGAAGGGUCACCAGUAGCAGAUUUGGUGUACUUUAUCCUGCUCGGUUCCGAUAAAAAAUUCAGGGACGAACAUCUGCAAGAUUGUUUUGACCUCUACUAUUCCGAAUUUGAAGCGGCUUUGCGCAGAUUCAACAUUGAUUCCGACGAAGUAUACAGCCAGCAAACUUAUCAGAAGGAGAUCAAAGAGUUCCUACCUUACAUGCUAAGCUUGAGCAUGUUCUUUCUUCUAAUGGUAACAGUCGACAAAAAUGACGCUCCAAAGGUAGAUGAUGGCUUCGAAAUAGAUGAUAUGAACGUUCCACCGAGCAAGCUGUAUGUAGAGAGAAUAAAUGAUUUGGUUGAAGAUUUCAUUGACUUAGAAGUAUUGUAGAUCCAAAAAUGGGAGGAAAGAGUUUCAGCGUUACCCAGACCCUAUUUUUAAGUUUAAAUGUUAUUUAAUAAUAUAUUGUUAUUAUAAUUAAAAUUUGUGAAAAAUAAAGUAUACCAACAUAUUGUAUUUGAUUUCAA